AAUGUCCACCUCUCACCCUCACACGUUUGUAUGCCAACGUUUGGCUUCUCGUCCCCUCCAGCCUCCUGUCUCUUCUUUCUGUUUUUGCUUACUUCGUCUUCCCCAUUAAUAAUGAGGGCGGGUUGUCUUGCUUGAACUGUACUCCCUCUCAAGAUUUCCGUCAUCUUCCUUACAAUCCGCUGAAGAUCUUACGUUGGCUUCCUUGUAUGUCACGCAUCAGAGGAGACCCACAUUUUGCAUCUCUCUGGCUUUUGGCGUUUGGGUUCCUUCUGGUUGAACUCUUUCUGGGACGGAGCUUUUUGUUUUUCUAUUCGGACUUGAAUUUGGUCUUGCUGGGUUUCUUUGUGCACAAAAGCCCUUCACUGUCUGUCAUAGUAGAACCAGUUCAGUCCGGCGAAUUCUUCGAUUCUUCAAGCGGCAUCUUUCUAACCAGUCCUGGUUUUGAAAUUUGAUACUUCAUCCUUCCAAUGGAAGGCGAAGAUGGUGAAGAGUAUCUCUUCAAGGUGGUGAUAAUUGGAGACUCAGCAGUUGGGAAAUCGAAUUUGCUGUCAAGGUAUGUGAGAAAUGAAUUUGAUUCAAAUUCGAAGGCGACGAUCGGUGUGGAGUUUCAGACGCAGAGCAUGGAGAUGGAUGGGAAGGAGGUGAAGGCACAGAUAUGGGACACGGCUGGGCAGGAGAGGUUCAGAGCUGUGACAUCUGCUUAUUACAGAGGGGCAGUCGGUGCACUUGUUGUUUAUGAUAUCAGCAGGAGAGCUACGUUUCAAGGGAUUGAUCGAUGGUUGGAUGAGCUUAAAACCCAGUUAGACACAACCGUGGUACGGAUGCUCGUGGGAAACAAGUCAGAUUUGGCCAAUAUAAGAGAAGUCACUGUUGAAGAAGGCAAAAGCCUUGCAGAAUCAGAAGGGAUGUUCUUCAUAGAAACAUCAGCGUUGGAUUCGACCAACGUGAAGACAGCGUUCGAAAUUGUUAUCCGUGAGAUCUACGACAAUGUCAGCCGGAAAAUCUUGAACUCUGGUUCCUAUAAAGCAGAUCUACCCAUAAAUAGGGGUGUGAGCCUUUUCACCAAUGGGGGUGAUGGGCCUAAACCCAAACAAACUGCAAACAUCUUCUCUUGCUGUUAGGACAGAAAGUAAAUAGUUCCUAGUUCAUAGGCAGCUGAGGUUGAUCAGCUAGUAUUUCUUGUUCUCUUUUGUUGUUCUGUUCUAGAUGAAGAAUUUCUGAUUUUUGUUAUUUGUCAUGGCGAAAAGAGGACUAGCGGAUGGAGAACCUUUUUUGUUUUUGCUGUCAAAUAAAGCUAAGUUCCGUGUUAGUAGAA